AUGGUGCCCUCCCAGGAGCAGCCCGCCGCCGCGCCGGGGAGUAACGAGGCGCCGCCGCCCGGCCCUGCGCCCAUGGGGGACGCUGCGCUGCCUGGCCCAGGGCCCUCGGACGACCCCGAGGCGGCUCCCGAGAAGGUGGAGGUGGAGCUGUUGGGGUCAGAACCCCGGAAUCCCCCCGAGGGCGGCUGGGGCUGGCUAGUGAUGCUGGCGGCUAUGUGGUGCAACGGGUCGGUGUUCGGCAUCCAGAACGCCUGCGGGGUGCUCUUCGUGUCCAUGCUCGAGACUUUCGGGUCCAAGGACGAUGACAAGAUGGUCUUCAAGACAGCAUGGGUAAGCUCUCUGUCCAUGGGGAUGAUUUUCCUUUGCUGCCCUGUAGUCAGUGUCUUCACAGACAUGCUUGGUUGUCGGAAAACAGCUGUUGUGGGUGCUGCUGUGGGAUUCAUUGGACUCAUGUCCAGCUCUUUUGUAAGCUCCAUCGAGCCUUUGUACCUUACCUAUGGAAUCAUAUUUGCCUUCGGCUGCUCCUUUGCAUACCAGCCCUCACUGGUCAUUUUGGGACACUAUUUCAAGAAGCGCCUUGGACUUGUGAAUGGCAUUGUCACCGCUGGCAGCAGUCUUUUCACAAUUUUGCUCCCUUUGCUUUUAAGGGUUCUGAUCGACAGCAUGGGCCUUUUUAAUACACUGAGGGUCCUCUGCGUCUUCAUGUUUGUUCUCAUUUUUGCUGGCUUUACUUACCGACCUCUUGAUUCCAGUGCCAAAGACAAAGAGAGUGAAAGCAGCAGAUUCUCCCUCUUUUCCAGGAAAAAAUUCAGUCCUCCAAAAAAAGUUUUCAAUUUUGCCAUCUUUAAGGUGACAGCUUAUGCAGUGUGGGCAGUUGGAAUACCACUUGCACUUUUUGGAUACUUUGUGCCUUAUGUUCAUUUGAUGAAACACGUGAAUGAAACAUUUCAAGAAGAAAAAAAUAAAGAGGUGGUUCUCAUGAGCAUUGGUAUCACUUCAGGAGUUGGACGGCUUCUCUUUGGCCGGAUUGCAGAUUAUGUGCCUGGUGUGAAGAAGGUUUAUCUACAGGUACUGUCGUUUUUCUUCAUUGGUCUGAUGUCCAUGAUGAUACCCCUGUGCAGGGUCUUUGGGGCCCUCAUUGCUGUCUGUCUCAUCAUGGGACUCUUUGAUGGAUGCUUCAUUUCUAUCAUGGCCCCCAUUGCCUUUGCAUUAGUUGGGGACCAGGAUGUUUCCCAAGCAAUUGGAUUUCUGCUUGGACUCAUGUCUAUACCCAUGACUGUCGGCCCACCAGUUGCAGGGUUACUUCGUGACAAGCUGGGUUCCUAUAAUGUGGCAUUCUACCUCGCCGGAGUCCCUCCCCUUAUUGGAGGUGCUGUACUUUGUCUUAUCCCAUGGAUCCAUAGUAAGAAGCAGAGAGAGAUCCAGAAAACCACUGAAGGAGAAAAGAUGGAGAAAAUGUUGGGGAACCAGAACUCUCUGCUGUCAAGUUCAUCUGGAAUCUUCAAGAAAGAAUCGGUUGCUAUUAUUUAAUGUCUUAUAUACCUCUACCAGACUGGACUUGCUUUUGAAUUUUAAGCAAGUUUUCCUUUUAUAUGAAUUGCAAAUUUUCUAUUUUUUAAUCACAUCCUUGGAAUAGCACAAUGAUUGAAAUAGAACUUUUGUUACUACAAGAACCGUUUUCUGCCACCAAGUAGCUAUGAUAUUUCCAGGAGUCUUGAGGGAAGAGACUCUGUUACAGGAAAACAUAUCUGAAAGUCAAAUAUUUUGAAGCUAUCUCAGUAAGAGGCAACUUUGGAAACUGUGAAUUCUAUUUAGCUUGUAAAAUACUUUAAAAUACCUCAAGCUAUAUUGAAUGGUUACAGUUUGGUUAGAACUGGAAAUAUUUUAUUUGUCUCAUGUAGUAUCUUGAGUUCUGCUGGUACCUCUGUUUUGAAACAUUUUGAAAAAUUUAAGCUUGUAUUCUAGAUAACAACAGAUCCACCUAAACUAUAGGACUAUGUGAAAAUUACUUUCCUGCUGCUCAAUAAGCUAUGAAAUUGGGGUAUUCUAACUUGUUUCAGUGUCGAGGAGCCUUCUGGGAGGAGAUGCUAAAAGUGUAUUUGAAUUGAUAUGUGAGCUGAGGAGGAUCCUCUUCAUAAGGGCAGAGCAGUUUUCUUCCAUUUACAUUUGUUCCCUUUGGGUUUGCAGUGUGUUUUGCUCAAGUAGCCAAAACAUCCCAAAUUUUUGAUUUUGUUUAAAUAAUAAAAUACAACAGAAUGCAUGAAAGCUAUUCUGGAAAUUAACUUAGAAUAUUUCUGACUUCUGGAUUUAUUAGUAUGGUAAAGUUUUAUUAAACAUGUUAUCAAAUAGGAGUUAUAGGCCCAAAUUGGAGGGAGAAGCAAAACUUUAUUUGUGAAGAAAAUAGCAUUCUGAUAUAAACAAUUGCUUAAAUUGAUUUAUGAAAUAAUAGGUCUUUAAGAAUUAAAAGUACUUAUAAAGAGAAACAGUUCCUAUAUUUCCAAAGUUUUCUAGCAAAAAUUUGCAUUCAUAAAUUGCUUAAUGACAAGGAUAUUUUGGGAAAUGCAUCAUUAGGUGAUUUUGUUGUUGUUCAGGUAUCACAAAGUUUACCUUACACAAACUAAAAUGGCUAUUACAUCUCUAGGUCAUACAGUCUUAAGGGACAACUGUCAUAUGCAGUCUAUCAUUGACUGAAAUGUCAUCAUAUGUCAUAUGACUAUCCUAGAGCAAUGGUGGUGAACCUAUGGCACGCAUGCUGCAGUAGCCUGUUUGUAUCAUUGAAGCUCUAAAAUGUUUGCCAUCACUGUCCUAGUGUGUUCCCUAUUAACAUUUCUGUUAUUUUUUCUAUUUAUAUUGAGAUUAUUAUUAGAAAACUAUUAUUUUUAGGAUCUACAAUUAAAACCAAAGUCAUGCCAUAACCCAUUACUCAUUUAUGAAAAAUGGAACAAUGUUCUGUAUCUUUAAGAUUAUACUUUCUACUUGAGACUUUUAAAAUUUAAUAAUAUAGAAAGUAUAUUUAAAUCCUAAGUAUAGAACAACAUUAGAUUGUCCUUGAAUGUACCUGUUCACCUGAAAAGAAUGCUGUCUUAAAGCAGCUCCAGGAUCCAUCUGUUUCUAAAUUAUGUUAGGUAAGAACAUUGUUUGUAUUAUCUCAAUACUUAUGUCUUCUCUUGUGGUUACAAGGCAGAGUCCUUCCAUUCUUUGUCCGGGUAAGGAGGGGACUAUCUGGAGAGCAUAUGGAUUUGUAGUUGUUGGUUUGGGAGUGGUGGGCUGGGCCAUGAGGACGUGAGGCUGUUAACCGAAAGUUGGAAAUCCAGUGACAUUCAGGUUUCUGCCUUCUCAUCUGCCACCUUGAAAGUUCAUUGUGUAAAUACUAAAUGUGGAAUUUAUUUUAGUAGGAUUUUAGUGACAGGGAUUUUGAUCAUGAGUACAUUCAGCAGUUUAGUAUGCUGUACACACAGUUUCAUCGUACUACUUCUAAUAGUCAGGAGUCUUUGAUAAUUUGUUUGCUGAAGGUUCUGUUGCAGAAAACAAACAAAAAACCUACAUUUUGACCAUAUUGCCCUUUUAUGUUCUUAUUUUAAGCUUUUAGAAAAGGAUUUAGGCAUAAUAAUAUAGUACAUUAUUGAGUCCUUUACUUAUUCACCUCCAGUUGUCUAAAACAUUACUUCAUUAGUGAUAUCAGUGCUUUUGAAAAGUUCAGAAAAAUAACUAAGACCAGUCAUCCAACCUGCCAUUAUAAAAUGUUAAUUUUUAAACAUUUUUAGCAAACAUUUCUAAAGAUACUCCCCCCCCCAUUUUACAGAAAGAAUAAUUCUAAAAUGGAAAAUUAACUGUAUUAGGACCUCCAAAAUUAACUGUAUUAGAACCUCCAGGUUUUUCCUUCAAAAAUUUGGCUAAUUUUGGAGCAAGAAAAAAAAGGUAAUAAAUCUGAAAUCCAAACACUUGGUCUUGCUGGGUUAGUUUUCACUUUAAAACAGCAAAGUGACUUAAGUAUUUAUAAUAAAAAUUUAGAUUUCAGCAUAUUAUAUUGGUAUAUAAUAUACAUUUAUAGUUUUCAGUUUAAUACAAUGAAUCAAACUGGAUCUAUAACACUAAAAAAGCUCUACUGUAGUAGAUGCUUAUGAAGAGUAUUAUAGUCAUUUAAAGUUA